AUGCCUAGAUCACGCAAAGAAGCAGAGUCCGAAGUGCGUUCCUGGGGCUUCAAGCACGUCUUCACAUGGACGGACAGCGCAAACGCCCACUACUCCCCGCACUCCCACUCCGGAAAAACGACACAUCUCGUCCUCAACGGAAAAAUCACAUACACCUACCCCGACGACCCUGACGCAAAGAAAGAGACCAUAGGCCCCGGCGCGCGAUGGGACGUCGAUGCGCGCAAGAUGCAUGAAGUCUGGGUCGGGGAGGAGGGGUGCACGUAUGUCAUUGGAGAAUGA